GUGUUUGUUUUCUCAAGCAAACAAAAAAAAACACCCAAAACACCCUUAACAGGAAAAAGCGAAGGACGACAAAGGACACUGACAUUGUCGGCAAACAAACUUCCCCAAAAUUUGUUAAAAAACGAAAUACUUUCCAUACAUAAUUGCAAAAGAAAUGAAAACUCAGCCGCCAAUUGAGCUAAACUAAAAUAUUGUUUUUAACAUUUGUUCUUUGAUUUGAAGUGCUUUGAUGAGCUUUGGCAAAAGUCGAUAAAAUUCAAAUAAAAAUCUAAAAUGUUCAAAAGUAAAAACGAGUGUAAUAUUGUGUACAAGUGCACAGUUCGUCUACUCGAUGAUUCCGACGUUCUGGAAUGCGAAUUUCAGCCAUUCCACAAAGGCAUUUAUUUAGUGGACCAUAUUUGUAGACAACUAGAUAUUAAGGAAAAGGACUAUUUUGGCUUACGUUACGUCGAUACGGGAAAACAAAGGCACUGGCUUGACUUGGCCAAAUCCAUAUUAAAACAAUGCAAAGAUAUCGAUCCUGUUCUGUUUUCCUUGCGUGUGAAAUUCUAUCCAGCGGAUCCAUUCCGUCUAACUGGCAAUGGCCGCAUCAUGCUCUUCCAGCAGCUGAAGCGAGAUCUUCGCCAUGGUCGACUUUACUGUUCGUUGGGUGAGGCGGCGGCAUUGGGUGCAUUAAUAGUCCAAGAGGAACUCGGGGACUAUGACGAACUGAUGCACAUUGGUGACUAUGUGUCCUCGCUGGAUUUGGCACUGCGCCAAACAGAGAAUCUCGAGAAGAAGAUUAUGGAGCUGCACAGAAAACGGAAGCCUGGCCAAGAUCCCACCGUGGCCAUGGAUGAGUUUAUGGGCAUUGCACGUGGGCUGGAGACAUACGGCAUCGAUCCGCAUCCCGUGAAGGAUCAUCGCGGCUCGUUGCUGUACGUGGGCAUCAAUCAUGCCGGCAUCAGCACCUAUGUGGCGGGCAAAAGAUCUCAACACUUCCGCUGGAACGAAGUGCACAAGAUCAAUUUCGAGGGCAAAAUGUUUAUAGCGCAUUUGAGCUUCACGGAUGCCAGCAGGGAGCCGAAAAAACACACCAUUGGCUUCAAGUGCCCCUCGGGACCCGCUUGCCGUUAUCUCUGGCGAAGCGCCAUCGAGCAAAUGUUGUUCUUCACUUUGCCGAAUAGCCAACAUGCCGCUGUUGUUUCGGGCGGCGGCUUCUUCUCCUGGGGCACCAAGUUCCGUUAUACCGGUCGGACGGAACGCGAGAUAUUGACUGAAAGCAUUAAUGCGUUGCGCGAACAGAAAAUGACAAAUUCAACAUCGAGCAAACGCAAGGCGAGCAGCGUUCCAGCGACACCUUCCAGUCCACAGGGUGACUUGGCACAAAUACGCUACAGCAGUUUGCCACGUUCCACAAUGUCCGAGCCGCUGGGCUGCUCGAUGGCGCCGAGCAUUCUCAUUUAUGGCCAUGGCCAGGAUGGGGGCGUCAACGGUGGCCUGCAAAUGCCCAUUCUGGAGCCAGUUUGCGAGGAGGCGCGUCUGCGCUCCUCGAACAUCGAUAGACUUAAUCAUAUGGGAACCGAGCUGUCCGGCUAUGCGUUCCGUGACUCCAUCGAGCAUUCGUCAACGGAGAGCGGACUGACGGCCAGUGGAUAUGAUGUGGCUGGCAAGCCGCGUGGCAAUCCGAGUGACUCCAAGCAGCAUCUGUAUUAUUCAUCCAAGCAGUACUAUGCGCUGCCCAAUCCCGCCUUAAAUUCAAGCUCUUCCGUCGGCAUCUCCAGUGGGAAGCAUUUAGGCAAAUUCUCACGCACGCAUUCCAAUUCCAACAGUGGCAAAAGCAUGCGAAAAUUCCAUUUGCUGCACGCCUUUAUACCAUCCGUAAUCUUUGUAGUUAUCGCCAUGGCCGGCACUGCCGUCCUAAUCAUGGAAUCCGAACUGGAUAUGUUUGAACGUGUCCGCAAUUCUCCGGAAAUGCUUAGUUUGCGCUAUCAGUAUUAUCAGCCAUUAAAGGAAUUUGUCAUGGAAAAAUUGGGCCGUAAAAUGUAAAUGUUGUAUAUGAUUGA